GAAACAUGAUCUAUAGAGCCUUACAAAAAAAAAAAGAAAAGUAAAACCCUUAAUAGAAGCACAUGAAACGCAGGUGCUAUAUCAGUAGAGCGUUAUAUAUAGCCCUAAUUUCCUUCAACUUCGUACAGUCAACAAUUUCCCGCCUAUCUCACUUCCAUUUCCCGCUACGAAAACCCUAAACACUGAGCAGAAACAUGGGCCAGAAGAAGCAACCGGCCGCCGCUGCACUCAGUGAUCCUAAGAAACGACGUCGUGUUGGCUUCUUCGCUAUUGAUGCUGGAAUUGAAGCAAAAGACUGCAUCAAAAUAUACUUGGUCUCUAGCAAAGAGGAAGUGGAUGCUUCAAGUAGCUUUUGUAUUGAUCCAGUCGACUUAGAUAGCUUUUUUGGAGAAGAUGGGAAGAUAUAUGGUUACGAAGGUUUAAAGAUCAACAUUUGGGUUAGCAGUAUAUCUUUUCAUGCAUAUGCCGAUAUUACAUUUGAAAGCAAAUCUGAUGGAGGUAAAGGUAUCACUGACUUGAAAACAGAUCUUCAGAAUAUUUUUGCUGCCACUCUUGUUGAGAGUAAAGAGGAGUUCCUUCAAACCUUUUCUACUCAAAGAAAUUUUAUUGGAUCCAUUGUGUCUGGUGGGCAGGUAUUGCAGCAAAAGACUUCUAACGGGCAUGUUGCCAGUUCUGACAGUAAUUCAGUUGCCGCCUCUAAUGUUGAGGUUGUCCGAAUGGUCAUUGGUGAUACAGAAGCUGGACCUCUCUAUGGUCAAUUGAUUCCUCUUGUUUUCCUACUAGUGGAUGGUAGCAGUCCAAUUGACGUUACUGAUCCAUGUUGGGAGUUGUACCUCCUGAUUGAAAAGAAAGUUGAUCAUCAGGGUGAAGAACAUAGUUUGUUGCUUGGUUUUGCGGCUGCAUAUCGUUUUUACCACUAUCCUGGUAGUUCUCGUUUGCGGAUUAGUCAGAUUAUGGUAUUGCCGCCUUAUCAGCACAAAGGCUAUGGCCGAUACCUACUUGAGGUGCUGUAUGGUGUGGCAGUCUCUGAAGACGUCUUUGAUCUGACGAUUGAAGAACCUUUGGAUUACUUGCAACAUGUGCGGACAUGUAUUGAUGUACAACGCCUGCUUACUUUUGAACCAAUUCAGCAAGCAGUUAAUGAAGCUGCUUCCCAUCUAAAGCAAGGAAAACUAUCAAAGAAAACCCAGAUCCCGCGCCUCAUGCCACCCCGAUCUGCCAUUGAGGAUGUUCAGAAAAGUUUAAAAAUUAAUAAGAAACAGUUUUUGCAAUGUUGGGAGGUUUUGAUCUAUCUUGGCCUUAGUCCUGUUGACAAGUACAUGGAUGAUUUUGUGGCGAUAAUUUCGAAUCGUGUAAGGGAGGAUAUACUUGGAAAAGAUUCUGGCACAACUGGGAAACAAGUGAUUUCGGUGGAGAGUGAUUAUGAUCAAGAGAUGUCAUUUACCAUGAUUAGGUCACAACCUGGUGAGGCAGCUUGCACAGUUCAACUUACAGAUGAAAGUCAAGCAAAUCAGGAAGAGCAGCUCCAGAAAUUAGUUGAUGAGAGAAUGAAAGAGAUCAAGUUAGUAGCGGAGAAAGUGUCUUCCCAUUGUGUAUGAGUACUACUUACUGACAAUGUGUCAAAGCCGCAAUGGUAGGCCCUGUGUUUGAAAUGCAUCUUUGGGAAUUGGUAUUCCAUAGGCGACUUUGUAAAUCAUUGAGUUUAUUUUUUCUUAGGUUGGUAAUAUUUAUAUGUAAGGACUAAAAGGUCUUGAUCAAUUUGAGUAUCUGUAGCUCUUGAUAUGCCAUUUCAUUUCAUGUGCUCAA